GAAGAACUUAAGGCGUUGUCAACAAAGGUGAGAGAACAAGAUAAUACACUAAAUUUAGUUUUAGCUCAUCUUGAAUCAACAAUGAUACCUAAUCUACCAUCUCAUUCGAAUCGGUCUCCAACACAAUGGACAAGAACAUUGAAUCUCAUGUCACUCCUGUUACUAAUACUAUUCAUAGAGAAAACACCUAUCAUAAAUAAAGCAUCGACAAAUGAAACAGUUACACGAGUAAUGGCAAAUGCCACCAAAAUAACUAUUGAAUCUAAGAGUGCGACUACAAAUUCACAUCCAAAAACAAAAGAUACUCAUUCACCAAAACUCUCACAGACAAUGAAGACAAUGAAGUGCAUUCAACAAUAUCCAAAUAAUAGAAGUAAUGUUGCUUUUGGUACCGUUUACAUAUCUUCGGAAAGACAAACCAUUCACGGAGUUCCACUUCAAGACGACUUCUAUAAAGUUUCAAUUGAUGAAGUGAUAAAGGCAGCUGCAUUUUUUCUAUAUCCAAACGGUGAUAUCAAUUUAGUUGAGGAUGCACAUAAAACUUUUGUUGCAUGGCCAAAAUACCUUGUCAAAUGUAAUGAAAAGGUACCACGAAUGGGAUCAACUCAAGAUGAUGAACAUAAAAGCUCCAAGAAACAAAGAAAAAGUUUAACUCAAGAUGAUGAACAUGAAGCAAAAAAAAAAAAGUUACAACGAGAGAUAGCAUUGGCAAGCAUACGAGGAGCACAUUCAACAAGACUAAAGAAAUCUAGUUUUUGGAUAAUUAUGAAUCUUUAUUCCUUUCUUUAA